AUGCUCAGCGUCUUAUAUAAUAUCUCGUUUUUGAUGCUAUUCACCAAUCAAGCAGAAACUUCACAACUCUCAAGAAUACAACGAAGUGAUCAAAAUGUGAUGCGCCUUUAUCGUGAUCUCCUUGAUGAUUAUAAUCACGAAGUGCGACCCGCCGUUCAUCCCGUCGAGCCCAUCAACGUGACAUUUCUAUUUUCGCUCACACAAAUUCUCGACGUGGAUGAGCGUAAUCAAAUAUUGACGACGAAUUCUUGGGUACGCAUGCACUGGAACGAUUAUAAGCUCGUCUGGGACCCGAGGCUAUAUGAAAACGUCACGAGAAUUCAUAUUCCGAGCGACAAAAUUUGGAAGCCCGACAUUAUUCUAUACAAUAAUGCAGACGCACAAUAUAUGAAAUCAGUGAUGUCGACAGACGUGAUUGUCGAUUAUUUAGGCAAUAUUCAUUGGCCGCUUUCAGCAAUUUUCACCUCGUCGUGUCCAUUGGACGUCAAACAUUAUCCGUUCGAUAGGCAAACUUGUAUUCUAAAAUACGCCAGUUGGGCGUAUGAUGGCACAAAAAUCGAUUUGGUGCUGAAAUCAGAAGAAGGGGAUCGAACAAAUUAUAUCACAAACACCGAAUGGAGUUUAAUCAAAAUUCGAGCUCAUAAGAAUCAUGUAAUCUACAGCUGUUGCCCUGAGCCAUAUCCAUAUAUAGAUGUGCAUGUGACAAUUGAAAGAAGAGCAAUGUUCUAUGUAUUCAAUUUAAUUCUGCCCUGUGUUCUCAUCAGCCUUAUUGCACUUCUCGGUUUUUAUAUGCCGACGGAUUCCGGCGAAAAAGUCACCCUCGGCAUCACUUCAUUGCUCUCAACGACCGUUUUCUUGAUGCUCGUUGCCGAAGGAAUGCCGCCGACGUCCGAGGCGUUGCCGCUCAUCGGUAUCUAUUACGGCGUCACGAUUUUCAUUGUGGCUCUCGCCACGGCGAUGACCGUGUUCACCGUGAAUAUACACCAUAAUGGGGUGCACGGCCAUCCGGUGCCGCCGCUUCUUCAGGCGUUCGCCUUCAGAUACCUCUCGCGUUUAUUGCUCGUCCGCAUCGAUCCGUACCAUUCAAUUGCGCAUCAUGUCCGCCACAUGUAUCAGAAGGAGCAUCCGAACGAAUGUUAUUUGUCGGCAGGCGUUCAUUACCAAAGACUCAGCGAUCAAGAACAAGUCCUUCGAGAACGAAUCGAAAAAGACAUCGUCCCAGUGGUCCAUUGUGAUUCAUCGGAUAAACUCCUAAUGCAUCACAAAGAGAAUCAGCUGACGGUCAAUCGUUCUUCCCUCUCAGUCGCCCAAAAUUCAUCACCAGUGAAGAAAAAGGUGUCGUUUUCAUCGACGGAAAACCCGCAUGAGACACCGUUAGAUUCGCCAAUUUAUGGAAGAAAAAUUGGAAGGCGGCACACCGAGCCCGAAUCUUCCACCGCUUCUCGAUCUUCCGACGUGUUCGAGCUCGAGUUCCUUCGCGUGAUGUCAAUGGUAAACGGGAUCAUCGAAAGAAACGAAAUGCGCGUUGCCGAGCAAGACAAACGCGACGCGAUCGCUCUCGAAUGGCAACAAGUCGCAAUGGUGCUCGAUCGGUUCCUUCUACUCGUCUUCCUAUUCGGAACCACGAUAUCAACAUUCGUUAUUCUUAAUCAACGAAAUCUUUUCGAGUCAUCAUAA